GGUGAGCGGCGCUCUGUGGUCACCGCGUAGUCACUCCAGCAGCCGGGCAGCGCCGCCCACAUUGAGCGCGUCCCCCGGGGCCGCGGGAUCGGAGCCGCCGUUUGUUGGCGACUGGGAAGUGGCCGCCGGGCCGGGCCGGGCGGAGCCGGGUUACUAUUUGUUCGCGUCUCAGCGGAGGCGGCGCCAGUGACCUGGGAGAGCGCGGGGGGUUCGCUCUGUCCUCAGCCUGUCCCCGCCCGCCCGCCAGCUACAGGAGUCGGUGUAGACCCGGAGUGAGCGGCGCUUGUUGCUCGGUGCCCGGUGCUCGCCCCCGGCUCAACUCUACCCCCGGACCGCGAGAGAGGACGCGGCGGCCGGCCAUGAUGUGACCUGCUCUCCGCUAAAGCCGCCGCCGCUACACCGUGCAGCCCGUCCCCGGCUUGUGAAGCGCUCACACUCGCCAUGCAGCCUGUUGCAUUGCUGCUCGCCUUCCUGCUGACUGCUGGGCCACACCGUCAAGGUGUGACGGGGUCAGGAGGCAGCGAGUGUUCGUGCGGCAGGAACCACUUCACCUGUGCCGUGAGUGCCUUUGGCGAAUGCACCUGUAUCCCCGCACAGUGGCAAUGUGACGGAGACAAUGAUUGUGGAGACCACAGUGAUGAAGAUGGCUGCAUGCUGCCAACAUGUUCCCCGUUGGAAUUCCACUGUGACAACGGCAAGUGUAUCCGACGUUCCUGGGUGUGUGACGGUGACAAUGACUGUGGCGAUGAUUCCGAUGAACAGGAUUGCCCUCCUCGAGAGUGUGAAGAAGAUGAGUUUCACUGCCAGAACGGCUACUGUAUCCGCAGUCUGUGGCAUUGUGACGGUGACAAUGACUGUGGUGACAAUAGUGAUGAACAGUGCGACAUGAGGAAGUGUUCAGACAAGGAGUUCCGCUGUAACGAUGGCAGCUGUAUCGCCGAGCACUGGUACUGUGAUGGUGACACCGACUGCAAGGAUGGCUCUGACGAAGAUGGUUGUCCUGCAGAGGUUGCUGCCACCAACUGCAGCAUGGAGGAGUUCCAGUGUGCAUACGGGCGUUGCAUCCUUGACGUUUACCACUGUGAUGGUGAUGAUGACUGCGGUGACUGGUCCGAUGAAUCUGAUUGUGCCUCACACCACCCGUGUCGGUCGGGUGAGUUCCUCUGCAACAGCGGGCUCUGCAUCAACGCCGGCUGGAAAUGCGACGGUGACUUUGACUGCGACGAUCAGUCUGACGAGAAUAAUUGCACUGCAUCGCAGUGUACCAUGGAGCAGUUCCGCUGCAAGUCGGGCCGCUGCAUUCGCCUGGCGUGGAGAUGCGACGGUGAGGACGACUGCACCGACAACAGUGACGAGGAGGAGUGCGAGAAGACGGAGAUCUCGCACUGCUCCCCCGAUCAGUUCACCUGUGGUAAUGGCCGCUGUAUCGGGCAACGCAAGGUGUGCAAUGGGGCUCAUGACUGUGAAGAUGCCACAGAUGAAAGUCCACACCAGAACUGCCGUGAACGCUCCACAGAGGAGAGUUGCAACAUCAGCAAUGGGGGAUGUCAGCACAAAUGUCAGCUGGACAGAGACCUGGUCCAGUGCACCUGUCACACUGGCUAUCGCCUGCUGGACAACGGCAAGUCCUGCCAAGAUGUGGACGAGUGUGCGGAGGACGGAUACUGCAGCCAGGGCUGCACCAACAGAGACGGCAGUUUCCACUGCUGGUGCGUCCAGGGCUACGAGCUGCGGCCUGACAAACGUGGCUGCAAGGCGCUGGGGCCUGAGCCGGUGCUACUCUUUGCCAACCGCAUUGACAUCCGCCAGGUGUUGCCCCGCCGCUCUGAGUACACGCUCCUGCUCAACAACCUGGAGAACGCCAUCGCGCUCGACUUCCACCACAGCAAGGAGCUGGUCUUCUGGUCAGACGUCACUCUAGACCGCAUCAUGAAGGCAAACCUGAACGGGAGCAAUGUGGAGGAAGUUGUGUCAACAGGCCUCGAGAGUCCAGGUGGUCUGGCCAUUGAUUGGAUCCACAACAAGUUGUUCUGGACGGACUCUGGCACGUCACGUAUUGAGGUCUCCAAUCUUGACGGGACUCAGAGGAAAGUGCUGUUGUGGGAGAACUUGGAGAAGCCUCGUGCCAUUGCCCUGCAUCCGAUGGAGGGAACUAUAUAUUGGACAGACUGGGGCAAUACUCCGCGUAUAGAAUACGCUGCCAUGGAUGGGUCCAAUCGCAAGAUCAUCGCAGACACACAUCUCUUCUGGCCCAACGGCCUCACCAUUGACUACGCCGGUCAGAAGAUGUACUGGGUUGAUGCCAAGCACCACGUGAUCGAACGUGCCGACCUUGAUGGUCACAACAGGAAAGCUGUGAUAAGUCAAGGCCUGCCACAUCCUUUUGCCAUCACUGUGUUUGAGGACAGCCUGUACUGGACAGAUUGGCACACGAAAAGCAUAAACAGUGCCAACAAGUUCACCGGGAAAAAUCAGGAGAUCAUCCGCAAUAAACUCCACUUCCCAAUGGAUAUUCACACACUUCACCCACAACGGCAGCCUACAGCAGGGAGAAACCGCUGUGGAGAUAAUAAUGGAGGCUGCAGUCACCUCUGCCUUCCCAGUAGCACUAACUACACCUGCGCUUGUCCCACCGGCUUCAAGAAGAUCGACGCAUCCCGCUGCGCUGGAAGUCUUGACAAGUUCCUGCUUUUUGCUCGAAGGACGGACAUCCGUCGCAUCAGCUUUGACACCGAGGACAAGUCUGACGAUGUCAUUCCAGUGGCUGAUGUGCGCAGCGCUGUUGCACUCGACUGGGACUCCACAGGGGAAUAUAUCUACUGGACAGAUGUUACCACUGACUCCAUCAACAGGGCAAAGUGGGAUGGGACUCAGCAGGAGGCAGUGGUGGACACCAGUUUGGAGAGUCCAGCAGGACUUGCUGUUGACUGGGUGACAAACAAGCUCUACUGGACAGAUGCAGGAACGGACCGAAUCGAGGUGUCGAACCUUGAUGGCAGCAUGCGUACAGUUCUCAUCUGGGACAACUUGGACAGGCCCAGAGACAUUGUGGUCGACCCCAUUGCAGGGUUCAUGUACUGGACAGAUUGGGGUGCCAGUCCGAAGAUUGAGCGGGCAGGGCUGGACUCUUCUCUGCGGACUGUCAUCAUCUCUGCCAACCUGACCUGGCCUAAUGGGUUGGCAGUGGACUAUGGCACAGAGAGGCUGUACUGGGCAGAUGCGGGCAUGAAGACCAUCGAAUACGCCAACCUGAACGGGACUGCAAGGCGGGUUCUGAUUGGCAGCCACCUGCCUCACCCCUUUGGACUGACGAUACACAAUGACAAGAUCUACUGGACUGACUGGCAAUCAAAGAACAUCCAGAGUGCCGAUAAAUACACCGGCUUAGGACGUGUGAUACUGAGGGAAAACCUGGAAAACCUGAUGGAUAUUCACAUGUUUCACCGGCAACGCAUGUCGGUGGCUACCCUGUGUAAUAUCAACAACGGAGACUGCAGCCACCUCUGUCUCCUGGCUCCGCUGCCCAGAGGCCACAGUUGUGCUUGCCCCACUGGCAUCAACCUCCUUGCUGAUGGCAAGACGUGUGCGCCUGGUAUGAGCAGCUUCCUGAUAUUUGCUCGGAGAACGGAUGUCCGAAUGGUCUCACUCGAUAUCCCCUACUUUGCUGACGUGGUGCUGGCCGUCAAUGACUCCAUGAAAAACACCAUUGCUAUCGGAGUCGAUCCUAAAGAAGGCAAGGUGUACUGGUCAGACAGCACUCUGAAUACAAUUAGCCGAGCCAGUCUGAAUGGGUCGCAGCAGGAAGAUAUUGUGAACACAGGGCUGAUGACCACUGAUGGUCUGGCAGUUGAUGCCAUCGGCCGUAAAAUCUACUGGACAGACACCGGCACCAACAGGAUUGAAGUUGCUAAUUUGGAUGGAACAAUGAGAAAGGUUCUGAUCUGGCAAAACUUGGACAGUCCGAGAGCUAUCGCUCUUCACCACGAGAAAGGAUACAUGUAUUGGACAGACUGGGGAGAACAUGCCAAACUGGAGCGUGCAGCAAUGGAUGGAUCAGACAGGACCAUUCUCAUCAACAAUAACCUGGGCUGGCCCAAUGGUCUGGUCAUUGACAAAGUGUCGUCUCGCCUACUGUGGGCGGAUGCACACACUGAGCGGAUUGAGGCCGCGGACCUGAAUGGAACGAACCGCAAGACCCUGGUCACUCCUGUCCAGCAUCCGUACGGCCUGACCCUGCUUGGCCACCACAUUUAUUGGACAGACUGGCAGACUCGAAGCAUCCAACGGGCCGACAAGAACACGGGUGGCGACAUGAUUACAGUGCGCGGCAACCUGCCGGGACUCAUGGACAUCCAAGCCAUCGACCGCGGUCAACCCCUGGGUUUUAACAAGUGCGGUGUGAGGAACGGAGGCUGCAGCCACCUGUGCUUGCCCCGACCCAACGGCAUCAGGUGUGCAUGUCCAACGGGGAUCCAAAUGAAGAGUGAUGGGAGGACAUGUGACGAUGCUCCCGAGACCUACCUGCUGUUCUCCAGCCGUGCCAGUAUCCGUCGCAUCUCUCUGGACACCAGAGAUUACACCGAUGUACACGUGCCUGUCCCUGAGCUCCACAAUGUCAUCUCCCUCGAUUACGACAGUGUGGAGAUGAAGGUGUAUUACACAGAUGUCUUCCUGGAUGUCAUCAGAAGUGCGAACCUUAACGGCAGUGGCAUGAAGACGGUGAUUAGCCAGGGUCUAAAGACGACGGAUGGCUUGGCCAUUGAUUGGGUGGCAAGAAAUCUAUACUGGACAGACACGGGCAGAAACACCAUUGAGGUGUCGUGGCUGGAUGGAAGCUGCCGCAAGGUGCUGAUCAACAACAGCCUGGACGAACCCAGGGCCAUCGCAGUCUUCCCCAGGAAAGGGUAUCUAUUCUGGACAGACUGGGGAAAUCUUGCCAAAAUCGAGCGUGCACAGCUGGAUGGCACAGACCGCAAGGUUCUCAUCAACACUGAUCUAGGCUGGCCCAACGGUUUAACCUUGGAUUAUGACACAAGGAGGAUCUACUGGGUGGAUGCCCACUUAGACAGAAUAGAAAGCUGCGACUUGAAUGGGAACCUACGGCAAGUUCUCAUUGGCCAAGUUACACACCCCUUUGCCUUGACGCAGCAUGACCGGUGGAUUUACUGGACCGACUGGCAAACCAAAUCAGUGCAGUGUGUGGACAAAUACACUGGUCGCAACAAGGAGACCAUCCUCGCCAAUGUAGAGGGACUGAUGGACAUCAUUGUGGUCUCCCCACAAAGGCAAACAGGAACUAAUUUGUGCGGGGUCGAUAACGGAGGAUGCACGCAUCUGUGCUUCGCCAGGGCAGAGGACUUUGUGUGUGAAUGCCCAGACGAGCCCGAUGGGCGGCCCUGCUCAGUGGUUCCCGGAUACGUGGCUCCAUUUUCGGAGAGCACCAAUUCUGGCGAUCGAGCUGAGGGCGCUGGCCCCCGUAAAGCUGCCGACUACUCUCCUGUGAAACCCACGCAUUCUGUUGAGUACACAAGUGAAAACUGUUCUCAGAAAGAUGCAAAUCAAGGUCUCUGUGGUCAGGAUGAAAGCCAGGUGCUGCCUGCAACAACAGGUGAAGGUCUACAUAUAAGCUACAUAGUUGGAGCGGUCCUGACAAUAUUAGCAAUCCUAAUUAUCAUUGCUGCAGUCAUAAUAUACAGGCACAAGAAGUCCAAGUUUGAUGACCCUGCUGUCAGCAAUCUAACCUAUAGCAACCCGUCCUAUCGAACAUCUACACAAGAAGUGAAGAUUGAAACGGUGCAGAAGCCAGCUCUAUAUAAUCAGCUACGGUACAAGAAAGAGACUGCUACAGAUAGUAGUUACACAAAAGGGAAGAUCAAAAUUGUCGAAGGCAUCUGCUUGCUGUCGAAUGACAGCAUGUAUUGGGAUGACUUAAAACAGAUUAAGAGCACCACCCGGGGAGGAAUUCUUCGAGACCACGUUUGUAUGAAGGCAGAGUCCCUGUCUGUCCAGGGCAGCACAGACUCACUUGGGGACACAGAGACAGAACAGCUACUACAGGAUGAGCCACUGUCAGAGUGUAGCAGCAUAAAUACAAGCACACAGGAGAGAAGUGGCAUCCCCUUGCCCGACACUGGCUGGCAGAACAAUCGCAAACCCUCAAUCGAAAGCGAGGUCUGAUGGGGAAUUGCUUUUUUUCUCUUUCCAUGUUCUAUUUAAAAAAAAAAUGUUACUAUGGCAACUUCAGACCAUGACUGAGCAUGCUCCCAACAAGAUGGAGCCUCAGAUUCCUCAACUAUCACAACUCAACUGGGCACUGAAUGGUACUGCAAACUGUCACCAAUCCAUCCUCUGUAAACACAAGAAGAAUGCAUCAAAGCCAAGUGAUCAGAACUCUCUAGAAGUGCUUUCAAAAUACCUGAUACACAAUUUAUUUCUCAGAUUUAUCUAAAGAACAGUUCUGGUUAAAGCAUGAAGGUACAGUGUGAUGCGUUAGCCGACUACACUGUAUAGAAUUCAUCUAUUAAAAUGCAUACUGUAUAAUCCAGUAUGUAAAGCAGAGUACUCUUUAUGGAAAAGGUUUUUUCAUUCUGUACACAGGGCAUGUAAGUUUUGAUCUCCUGUGGAAGAGUAUGAAAAUCCUUGUAGUCUCAGGUAAGGCUUUUGACUACAUCAGGGUGAAUUUUGAAAGGACAUGUUUAAUUAACCCCUUCAUCCUCACUUCAACAUCCAGACACAGCUGAGGUUUUAUGUGUGUGACCGGAAUCACUGUAUUUUCCUGAUGCUUUGAAAAUAGGAUUAAGGAACUGGCAAAUACUAAUACAGAUCCAGCUGCCUUUUCCCUUAAAUAUCUGUCUAAGCACUGAUUUAUAAGCCAGUUUUGGACUUGCAUAUUGCUCCCAUCAAUAAUUACAAACUCUACUCAUGAUACCAGCAGUUAUUUCUUUUAGCCACUAUGUACAAUUAGAUGAAAUGUAAAAAUAUUAGUCCUGAGCAAGCUAGUUACAUUAAAUAGCACAAUUUACCUUUUAUUACAGGGGAUUCUGUUAAUUAGUUAAAUAUGCUGCAGAAUUUUUUUUUAUUGGACCUGACAUUGCGGUCACAGGUAGACACAAAAUGCUGGAGUAACUCAAUGGGACAGGCAGCACCUCUGGUGAGAAGGAAUGGGUGACUUUUUCGGAGUCUGAAGAAGGGCCUCGACCCGGUACAUCACACAUUCCUUCUCUCCAGAGAUGCUGCCCAUCCCGCUGAGUUACUCCAGCAUUUUGUGUCUACCUUCGAUUUAAACCAGCAUCUGCAGUUCUUUCCUACACAUUGUGGUUACAGUGCUACUUCAUAUUUUUAAAUUGAGGUGCAGAGCAAGUUCUGAUGACAAUUAUCAAUGGGAAGCAGACAAUGUUAUUACAGGUGAUUGCAAAAUGUUACUGAAAUGCACAUAUUGAGGGGGGUGAAAGAGGCUCAAUCAGAUUGUAAAAUGUUCAAUUAAAUUUGAGAUAUCAAACAAACAGUUACUUGAAGCAGAAUUUAUUAAUGUAAUAACAAAUGCAAACUUACUAUCUACUUCCACUACAUUAAAAGUUAUGCAUCAAAUGUUCAAUUUAGAAUUUGAAAGAAAAACUAUAAAGAUUUCUUUGAGUGCAAUAAAAGAAGUCAAGGCUCAGCAGGUUAAUCGGUAUCUGUAGAGGGGAAAGAGAGUCCCGCCCGGUUUCACACUUUGUUGUACGAAGAAAGAUCACUGACUUAAGAUAUUAACACUCAGCCCCUCUCCUGAGAUGCCACCUGACAUUAAUAGGCUGCAUUUUCCAUAGCUUUUUUGGAUUUCUACUCUCUGAAAUAAUGUGCUUUUGUACCUAAAGCUCCCAUUAGGACUUUCUCCCAUAGUUUGCAAUUUAAGAACACCUCACUCGUGGCACAUUUCUCUUUCCAAAUGAAGCAAUCUGAUUGCCAGGUCUACUCUUUAAUUAAAGCUGCUUCAAUAACAUCUGUCUGAAUAUCCACUCAGUUGCAUAAAGUCCAAUUUAAAUUUGAUUCGUCAAUCUAUUCCUACUCUAACCCCGAAUUUACAUCAUUAUAUCUGUUGUAUGUGUAAAUCGGUAAGAGCAAUGCUACAUCAAAUCAAUGUUCUGCGGAUAGAAGAUGCGUUCUCUAUUUCUUUUGUUGAAAUAACAAUAGGCAAAGAAAAUCAUUCUUUAAUGUAAGUGUAAGGCACAAUACUGUUAAUAAUUUAAAUUAACCCGUAAGUGAGAAUUUCAAUAUUUUCAGCACAGCAAAUAGAUGAUCAAUCAAUUGCUGAGAAGUAAUAGUUAAAGAUCAGUCAUGAACUCAGUUUUACCCCUAGCAUUAGGUCUAUAAUAUUCAACUUAGUGCAUUUUAAACCCACCUAUUUUUCAUUAAGCUAUUUCUGCUGUUUUGUUUGCCUGCUGAGUAUAAAUGUAUAUCAUAAGUUAUUGUUACUUUAACUGAGAGGAGAUUUGAUUUUUGCUUAAACCCCCCCCCCCCCAGGAACAAGUGCAGUGCCAAUUUGUAUUUAAAUAUAAAAGUGAAAUAUGCUGGUGUUCCUCGUCAAUGUCACUUUAUCCAGCCAAAGUACUGUCCCUUGGUGAUCCCGUAGGUAUUUUGUGAUGGUGGAAGUAUCAACUGGAACAUAAUUUAUUUACCUUCUCCUAAUCAUCACAAAAAGAAACUGGAGGGACAGGAGACUAUGUGCCUCUCCUGUGGACGAGGGGGAAAGGAAAAUAUCCCAACAUAAUUCAAAUGUCAUUGAUACCUCGGCAUUAUCAAUUACCUCUGAAUUCCUGUAACACUUUCAGUGUACCAUAUCCUGCUACAUGUUUUCUAUUCCACAUCUUCAUCCCUUUUCCAGUAACAUCGUUGCUUUGACCCAAACUCCCAAAGUUAUUUCAUUAGUAUGCCGGUUGCAUGCAGAUUUGGAUUGUUGAUUUGACAGUGUUGCAUUUAAUCAAAUGUGAAAAAUUAUAGUAUGGUCAAUAGGGGUAAAUUAAUUGACGUAAAAAAUAUAGUUACAGCCAGAUUUAUUCUUCCACUAGGUGGUUGAACAAUUAGUUGUUGUUCCUUUUCUUCAAAUUAUUUUAAAUCAUGUUUUUGCCAACAAAUGGCCAAUGCUGAAAAUAGAGGCAGGAGUCGAGGAUGUUUUGUUGCUUUCACACAGCCUGUUUAUUUGCUUAGAAAUGCAUUUCUUUGACCAAAUUACUAAAUUUAACCUUGUGAGUGCCUAGCAUCUGUACUUUUAGUCAGAUGUGGUGCUAUUUAUCAGGAUCAUAAGUUUGGACCACAGUUCUUGACUUUCUACACAUCUAAGCAUGUUUUUAUAUCUAAUCACUGGUGUUAAUUCAACAGAGAUUUCCCCUGUUAUUAUGACAAAAAAUAAAAUAUGUAAAUAUGUCAUGAAUUUCCAGGAUCAUUAAAAAUAUAAACUCUGCUGCUCCUGAAAAUAAGUUAGAUUUUAUCUUUAGUUAAAAAAUGAAAAACAAGUCAAAUGUUUGCCAGAUUCUUUAUUUGCCAAUGAUAAGAAUAUUAAUAUAAUAAAUAUAUUUAACAUUCUGACAUGGAAUUACACCAGACCUUUUUAACCCUUUGAGCACUCUGAAAUCAUUUUAUAGCUUUUCAAUGUGGGAGUUAUUAAAUAAAUUGUUGAAAUGUUUUUUUUAAGAAUUUAGAUUAUUUUAUCCUGUAUAAUUGUCAGAUUUUUUUAGCAUGCAAUUUGCAAAUUUUGUGAAUUUAGAUUAUUCAAUAAUAGCACAAGAGUUGUGUAAUCAGUCCACAACCUGGAAUUACUUUAAUCAAAUGAUCUCCCUGUUUUCACAUUGAAUUCCCAGUUUGCUUAAUUAAAAUAGUUUUAUCUUUGAAUUAUCAGGAAUAGAUUUAAUUAGGAAAUUUCUGUACUCAACGGGUUAAAAUACUUGGGUAGUAAAACUAACUAUGCCAAUAACUAAUAAAUUGAUCCGUUUAAGAUGAUAAAUAGGGCAAUCUUAGGGAAUGAAUCAGUUAUCAGUAUACAACGUUUGUAGCUACCAGCCAGCCCAAUUAUCCAUAUCGCCCACUAUCUUAACUAAAACUGCAUUUUGUUGUGUGGAAUUGCACUCACAGGAAUAUCUUGUAUUCCACUUUGUCACUUAGAAAAUACUAUAAAAGCAUAAAUAUUUUAAAAUUGUUUUGAAUGUUAUAUUACAUCUAACAGAAGGGAAAGCAAAAUAAGUAGAUUGAAAUAUAAUACUGCAUUUGGAGAUUAGUCGUGCAUUUGUCUUCCAAUUGUGUAAUAAUAUAUUUUUGUUGAGCAGCUACAUAACUAAUUUGGGAAUUUGUAAUUAUCCUAAAUUAAAAUCUGUAAUAUUUAAGACAGUCUUGAAACUGCUAACUUUGUUCAGAUAGAAAAUGUUUACAGAACAAUUGUUUAGUGUGAGCUAUAUAUCUAUGUGUGUACAUAAAAUGAAUUGGUUAUUAAAAUUGGAUGUUUUCUAAA